AUGGGAGAGAAUAUAAAUAGAGCUCAAGUUUUGUGGUUAAUUAGGAAUUAUUUGUUUGGUUUAGAAGCAAACAAAGCAGUCAAAUACAUUGAUAAAUAUUUUCCAGAAAUAAAUAAUUUAGACAAAAAAAGCACUAAAAAACUUAAAAAGUUACCUGAUUUACAUGAAAUUUUGAGACAGUUUUAUAAAUUUAAUGAGGAAAAGAUAGUUGAAAAAAAAAAUACUUUGAAUGAUUUACAAUUGAAUCAAUCUAAAGAGCAAAUCACUAUUGAAUCAUCUAUUCAGGGUAAUUUAAAUAUAAACAAUAGUGCUACUCAAGUUAAUACUAAUAAGAAAAGCAAAAAAAGAAAAUCUUCAGAAAUAGUACAGAAAAAAAGUAUAAGUGAAGAAACAAACCCUACUACUGAAGAUGAAAUAGGGAAUAAUGAAAAUCAAUUAUCCACCUUUAAUCCAGAUUAUUCAACUUGUGCAUCUAUUCAAAAUAGAUUCAAAAGAAUUGAUGAGAACAAGUACAAAGACAAACUUUCAGACGAAAGAUUGAAUGACAAUUCAUAUUGGAACAUGAAGAAGUACAGCAAUAAUUCUGACGACUUUGCCUCGAAAGCUGCGUUUGAACUUGGACAAGUAAGAGGAAAAGGAUUCAGACAAGAAAAAGCUAAGAAAAAAAGAUGCUCAUGGAAAGGAAAUGGUACUAUUUCUACUGGCGUUAGCUCAAUUCAAUUUAGUGAUUCAGAUUAG